UCCAUUCUCCUUUCCCUCUUUGUUCUUGAAGCCAUUUUGUUCUGAUUGCCGGUAGAGCGCAAUCAGAAAUCCGUUUCCAUCGUGGUCGGAUAAAGGCUUAUUUGAUCUAACCAAGAUGUUUCGGCUUCUAGAUAAGUUUAUCUUGUUAUCCCUAUUGGUUUUACCGGCGACCUUGCUGCUAUGUGGGAACGUUGCAUACGGUCAAGAAGAUCCCGUGGAUGAAGAAUCCGAAAACACACAGGCCACCUCAGAUGAUGCUGAUUCUGGACCAGAAGAGGAGGACAGUAAGGGUGAAGAGGAAGAGGCUACAGCUGAUACAGCUGCCAAAGAGUCCCAGAAAAGUGAGGUGGAAGAGGAAGAGGAGAAAGAGGAUGCCUUGAAACCAUCGCCUGACGCUGACACAGUCAUCCUUUUUACCAAAAACACUGAGCAACAAUUCUCUGCUGGCCUUGUGUCCAAGUGUCUUGUGAGCUUCAGCAAUAAUGGCAGGAAUGACUUUAUGGUUGAUAUGAUGGAAGCCUCUCUCAGAUAUCCUCAAGAUUAUAGUUACUACAUUCAAAAUUUUACGGCAUUCCAGUACAACACAGUGGUGAAACCUGGUCAUCAAGCCAGCUUUGAAUAUGCUUUUAGACCACACGAAUCCUUUGGAGGACGUCCCUUUGGCCUGUCAAUCAACCUUCUCUACAAGGAUACUGAUGGCAAGAUGUAUCGUGAUGCUGUGUUCAAUGAAACCGUUCAGCUGGUGGAAAGUGACGAAGGAAUGGAUGGAGAAACGUUUUUCCUGUACCUGUUCAUUGCCGCAAUUGCUCUUCUCCUUGUUAUGGCUGCACAUUAUGGUCUCACCUCUAUAAAGGCUUUCAAGAAAUCCUCUUCCAAGGCCCCUAUUGAGAUGGGCACUCAGCAAGAUGGUGACAUUGAUUACGAAUGGCUACCUAAAGAGACAACUACUGAAUUUGCUUCCAAGAACUCACCCAGGCGUUCACCACGAAACAGAAGACAGAAGCGCAAUACAGGCGACGAAUAGUGGCACUAUCAGCAUUAGUGAAUCUUUUAUUAAUAAAUGUGUUACAAGCAUAGAAAAAUAGAAAAUCUAAGGACUGGAUCAGUCCAGGUCAUCUGCUGGGCAGAGGAGAAAUCCGGUCAAUAUUCCAACAGAUUUUUCUUUGAUUUCAUCAAUGCUUUCUUAAAACAGCCCUCUCCCAACUUCACAGUGUCAACAUACAUUCAAAGAAAACAUGUUGGCAUUGAAUGGUGCAAUCUGUGAUCAAUGAUAGUGCUUUAAACCAAUAUCCAUCGCUGGAAAAUUUUAGACAGUUGCAAAGACUGCUCGGUCUCAGAGCAUGGUGCAAUUUGUUUUUGAAAGGCUUCGAGAGAAGCUUCAUUGAUCUAUAUGUUACGGUAUGUUUAUAAGAGUGAUGUUUUUUGGCGUAAAUUGGAAUGCAUACAUAGUGAAUCAUCUCAAGGUUCAUUUUAUCAUAUUGUAUAAUGCCAGGAGCCAAGAUGCUGUAAGCCGUACAUGGUAGGUCAACAAUGUUCUGAAUUUAAAAUCAAUUAUAUUAGAACAGUCAAAGGAAUUUAAUGUAAAGCCAUUGUUUUCCCAUGCACCUUGGAGCUUUUGUUGUACUAAACACAAAUCAAUGUUGCUACUUAAAAAAAUACUACUGUAAAUUAUUAAAAACUUCUUCAUAUGAA